CAUAUAAAAAAAUAAAAGUGAAAGAAAAAGUUGUCCUUUUUAAUUGUUUCCUUUCUACAUAAAGUGACGAUAUUUGGGAUGGAUUUGGUUUUUACUUCGAUGUAAGCCCUUUCAGACAAGGGAAGAAGAAUCUGAAAAAAGAAAAACGUUUUUUUAUAGAGGAGUUUCCAUUUGAUCAUGGCGGUUGCUGAGAACGCUGGGGCGAAAAUUGGGUCGGCGGGACAGAAUUUGGAAAACACUGUAGCGUCGGUAAACGCUCCAGACAAAUCAAAACCCAGAACUGAUUCCGCGACUGAUGCUAAAGAAGCCAACUUUCAACAGUUAAAUCCAGCAGCAGCUGCCAUCAACGAUGGCGAUAGCAAUAGUAAGAUGCAAAAUGGGUUUAAUAAGAAGAAUCAGCAGCAGAUGCUGACAAAGACGGCUGGGUGUAAUGAGUUUAGCAAUAUGGAAAAUGGGGGUGAUGGUGAAAUUUUCAACAAUCAUAUGAAUAAUUUGGUCGAGAUUUUGUCCAAGCUUAACCCUCUGGCUGAGGAAUUUGUGCCUCCUUCCCUUGCUAAUCAUCAUCAUAAUCUUAAUGAUAACCAAAAUCAAAAUAAAGGGCAUUUGGAAAAUGGCUUUGGAUAUAGUACUGACAGUUUUGUAGUAUACACUAAUUCUGGCAACACCAAUGGACAUACUAAUAGAAGAAAGAGGAAUAACUUUAGCCAAGGGAAGAGAAGGUUGAAUGGUAGGACCAAUAUGGCACAGCAAGAGGAUGUAAUUAGGAAGACCGUUUAUGUAUCUGAUAUUGAUCUACAGGUUACCGAGGAGCUUCUUGCUGGUCUCUUUCUGAGCUGUGGACCGGUUGUUGAUUGUCGCAUAUGUGGUGAUCCUAACUCUGUUCUCCGCUUUGCCUUUGUUGAGUUCUAUAAUGAAGAGGAUGCUAGGGCUGCUUUGAAUUUGUCUGGGACUAUUCUUGGUUAUUACCCUGUAAGAGUGCUGCCUUCCAAGACUGCAAUUGCACCUGUUAAUCCAACCUUUUUACCGAGGUCUGAGGAUGAGCGGGAGAUGUGCGCAAGGACUAUUUAUUGUACAAACAUAGACAAGAAGGUUACUCAAGCUGAUGUCAAACUCUUCUUUGAAUCAGUUUGUGGGGAGGUUCAAUGCAUGAGGAUAUUGGGAGACUACCAUCAUUCAUCUCGUAUUGCUUUUGUUGAGUUUACAAUGGCAGAAAGUGCAAUCGCAGCUCUCAACUGCAGUGGUGCAGUUCUGGGAUCAUUGCCCAUAAGAGUAAGCCCAUCAAAGACGCCUAUUCAACCCCGUGCUCUACUCCCUGCGAUGAACUAAUCACCCUUUCUUGUUUCUUCCUUUUUGGAAUGAUCAACCGCCAACAUAUACAUACUUAGCUACAGCAAGUACAUUCAAGGUACUUUUGACGUUAAUGUUAUCAUACAGAGUUCCACAUCUUAGUCGGUAUCUUUGUUACUUAUAGGGGGUCGGAUUUCUUUAGCUUGCAGAGAGUUGGAUGGGGAUUUUGAGGAUAUGAAUGUUAAUUUCAUAUUGUAAUUCACUCCUAGCUAGGGGUGAUCCCUAAAGACAGAUUGUACAACUAUAGUUUAAUACUGUUUCUAAUGCUAUUAAUGAUUUGAUUCUGCUGAUUCAA